AUGAAUCGACCUACGGGACAGAGUCUCAAUGACCGGAUCACGGCUGCUCGCUACACUCUCGCGGGCCAAGGCCUCGCCAGGGUAGUUUGCAAAGCUACGACCGAGGAAUUAAUGGCUCCGAAGAAAAAGCAUCUCGAUUACUUGCUUCAUUGCACGAAUGAGCCUAAUGUCUCGAUUCCUCAACUGGCGAACCUUCUCAUCGAGCGAACACAGAACGGAUCCUGGAUAGUGGUUUUCAAAUCGCUCGUUACGGUGCAUCACCUGAUGUGCUAUGGGAGUGAACGGUUCACCCAGUACCUCGCCUCGUCAAAUUGCACAUUCAAUUUGGCGACUUUCAACGACAGACUGGGCACGCCACAGGGCACCGAGAUGGCGACGUUCAUCAGGCGUCAUUCUAAAUACCUUAACGAGAAAGCCCUCUCAUACAGAAUGGUGGCGUUUGAUUUCUGCAAGGUGAAGCGCAGCGAGAAGCCUGGCGAGAUGAGAUCGAUGGCCAUGGAUAAGCUCUUGAAAACAAUUCCUGUUCUACAACAACAGCUCGACUACCUCUUGGAAUUCGAUGCGUCGCCGUCUGACCUCUGCAACUCAGUGAUCACUGCGGCAUUCAUGUUGCUCUUCAAAGACCUCAUCAGGUUAUUUACUUGCUACAACGAGGGCAUCAUCAACAUCCUCGGAAAGUAUUUCACUCUGCAGAAGAAACAAUGCCGAGAGGCACUCGAAUGUUACAAGAAGUUUUUGGUCAGAAUGGAUCGUCUGGCCGAGUUCUUGAAGGUCGCUGAGAAUAUCGGAAUCGACAAAGGGGAUAUACCAGACCUCACGAAGGUGAGUCAGAUCCCUCGCUGACGACCAUCUCUACGGCUUUCCGCUGCAUGGUGGCCUUGCUUAUCGGAGCCUUCCAGAUUCACAGCUCGAAGGCAAGAUGCGAGGAAAACACGGGUCAGCAUUUAUCGCCUUCCUCAAUUCAUUACAUGUUUCAAUUCUCAGGCUCCGUCGAGUCUUCUGGACGCUCUGGAGCAGCAUCUGGCGACGCUCGAGGGGAGGAAAUAUGUUCCAUCUUCUGCGGCACCUCCCAACGGGAACGCGAACCCUCCGAAUGGAUUCGCGAAUGCAGUUUCCGUCCUAUCAUCGCAGUCGGCAGCACUAGGGAAAACCCUCUCACAGGAUGAGUUUCUUAGGCAGGCAAUUCUCGAAGAGGAGAAAGCUCUCAGCAAGUUGAAGGAACAGGAGCAGCGGCAUGUCGCUCAAGGUGCAUCCGCCGAAGCAUCGAAUCCUUUCAUGGCGUCCGAACCGAAGAAGUCUGAUGAUAUCAUGAACCUUUUCGAUGCCCCUCUGCCGGCUCAACAGCCUCCGCCGGUGCCACCCGCACCGACAAUGGGCGCAAAUGAUCUCAUGGGCCUGAAUCCAUUCGGCGAUCCGGGACUCUUCUCCGUACCGACGGGUAUCGCGCCGACAAACGCUGUGAAUCAGGUGGCAAACGACCUUUUCGGAACCUCAGCAGCUCCAGCUCAGCCUGCGGCUCCAUGUGCAGUCGUUACUCGAUAUGAAGCAUCUAACAAUGCGAAGUCUGAUUCUAUCAUCAAGGGAGAUCUGGAUUCGACCCUCGCCAACCUAGCCUCUAACCUCGAUAUCAGCCCAGCUCACAGAUUCCGCACUCCGAGCAAACCACAAACGACAACAUUGGCUCAAAUGUCUUCGGCUAAGCAGAUGACAGCGGGAACGGGUGCGGGUUGGAGCCCCGACUUCUCUGGGGCCGCAAACCCGCAACCAGCAGCACCAGCAGCUCCCGGAGCGGGAGAUGCGAUGAUUUUCCCGGACUUGUUCUCGACCAACACGGCUGUUCCUGCCCGGCCGCUGAACAACGACCCUUUCGGGAAUCUGUAGGUUGUGACAUCUUCCUGCGACCGCAGAUGGCAUUGCAAGUCGGGCAGAAACCCUUCCCCGAAAAUGAUUUAGUUUUCCAUCAACAAACGCCCUCCCGUAUGACCAUUCAUUGCAACUCGCAAGCCCUGUCAAGAAUGCAAGUUCGAUUGACCGGUGCCUCUUUCGGCUACA